AUGCUUUGGAAGGAUACGAGCAUCCUACUCUGGCUGGCAGGUUGCAACAACGCAGUUUGGUACUGCAUCACCGCAUCGUGGCCCCAGAUCUACGCGGGGGUGUACGGCUGGUCCACUCUGGCCAUUGGCCUGGCUUACCUUCCCAGCGCGGUCGCCAGUAUAAUAGCCGGGUUCGUCUCUGGUCCCUGGAUGAAGGCCAGAUACCGCCGCACGGCGCGCGAGGAAGGCCUGACGGCUGACAGUCAUCAAGUGGACGGGUUCCCGAUCGAACGCGCUCGGAUCCGGGGACAGUGGCCGGUGUUCGCGGCGACGCACCUCGGGAUCGGUGCCCUUGGCUGGGCGAUACAUCAAGAGGCGCAUCCAGGAAUACUGCUGCCAUUACAGGCCGUUAUUGCCUUCUUGCAGGCGCUCCUGUUCUUUGCGUUCAACACGCUGCUUGUGGAUGUCCAUCCAGACCAACCAAGCACUGCAUCAGCUGCGGCAUCGCUGGUGCGAAGCGGCCUUAGCGACAUUGGUGUCGCUGUGCUUCAAUCAACCGCUGACUAUCUCACCCUAGGCUCUUUGGAUAAAAUCAAGAUCCGGACCCCACUUCAGCCCUCCGCCUCCGCCUCGACCUCCGCCUUUCCGGAUCCUUCCUCUCGCAUACCGACAGCCACCAGCAUGACUGAACAGAGCGGCAUCGACAUUCUCUGUGACGUUGCCGGCUCCGACCUGCUGCUGGGGUCUAUGUUUGCCGCCCCUUCGCCGCAACACCCGUCCCAGUCCGCGAAGCGCGUCAAGCUAUCCAGUGAUGCCUCCGCCGCUGCCUCGCAUAGCCGAUCAUCUGACGAGACACUUGCGAUCGCUGAUCUCCUUACACGGCACGAAACCACCCACGAUCGGGACGAUGGCGGAAAGGGCAGACCAAUUAUCCGCAGGAGCGAUCGCGCCGCCGAAGCCUGCCUGAACUGUGCUUCGUCGAAGGCGAAAUGCGACGACCAGAAGCCCUGUGGCCGAUGCAAAAGCAAGAACCUCUCCUGUCACACCUCCACGAAGCGGCCGUCGACAUACAGGACCUCUAUCGAUGGUCAAUCUACUGUAUCGUCUUCCGACUACUCGCCGAACCAAACGGGCUUUGGUCUCGAAACGAACAGGAUGACGACGUAUGACAUGGAUCGCGAGAUGUCCAUCGUUGCUGGCAACGAUCACCUGGCCGUGAAUGACAAUGUGGUUCAGAAACCGUAUCUCGCCGAUCCCUUGACGCAUUCCGUGCCCAUAGAGCGUAUUGCAGACGACAUGGUCUAUUUCAACCCAACUCACAAUUUCUUCCAGGACAUGGACUUCACGUCAUGGGACCUUAACUUUGACGGCUUCCAAGUACCACAGUUCGAAGUAAAUGGGCCUAGUCCACAGUCAUCUACGGCCUCGGCUUCAAGGCUAGCAUGCAUCGCCCGAGAUCCGUCUCGUGGCCAUGCUGCCUUCAAACGCUCGCCCUGGCUCUGGGAACCGAAAUCAAAGGAUUACGUUGGGCGAGACAAGGAGGGUCUGGCACUCAACGAGGACAAAAUCCCCCAAUCUCCAGCAUACGAUAAGAUAUUGGCAACGCACUCUCAUCGACUGAAGGUGGAACUGGUCAUCCGCGAUCGGCUAUUUGCUAUGGUGUUGGCUCAGAACAAAGACCCACUGAGAAUCCCUUCAUUCCCAUCAUUGGAAAUAUUGAAUUAUCUCCUGCAGACUCAUUUCGUUCAGGACGAGUAUCAGGCUGAUAGUUGGAUACACUCGGCAUCUUUCCACCCAUCAGAGGCGAUGCCUGAACUCUUAGCAGCCAUCAUAUCAAGUGGUGCGACCUUAAUCGCCACCCCUGCCGUUUGGCAAUUUGGACUUGCCUUACAGGAGGUAGUUAGGAUAGGAAUGGCAGUCAGGUUCGAAUCGAGCAAUUCGUUUACAAGAGACCUCCAAUGCCUUCAAGCGUUGAUGCUGGUUCUCGACAUCGGUUCUUGGAGCGGGUUCAAGCGAAAGAUGGAACUCGCCGAGAGCUUUUUACAACCUCUCAUGACGAUGUUGCGACGAGCAGGGACUUUCUCUGCCCCUGCAGAUUCGCCGUCCCUGAUACCGCACGCCCUCGAUCCACCUGAGGUUCUCAAUACGAAAUGGCGCAACUUCAUCCAGAGGGAGUCUUACAAAAGACUGGUCAUCCACCUCUUCGUCCACGAUAUCCAAUCAUCCGUCGGCCUACAAAAGAAUCCACUGAUGUCGUUUACCGAGCUCUGCUUCAGUCUACCUGCCGCGAGAGAUCUCUGGAAAGCACAUAAUGCAGAGGCAUGGCGGGAACUUUAUCUCCGAAAAACACCCGUGCCGUCGGACAUGAAUCUGCCCCGAGUGUCUGAGGUAAUGCACUGCAUGAACCUGCUGGACGUUUUCGAGGACUAUGUUGAUGUCGAGCUCUGUCAUACAGCGCUCAUGUACGGUUACUGGGGGCAGAUUGCAGCAUACCGCGAGGCAGUGAAAUUCUACCGUCAUGAUGCUGCCCCAACCAACCAACGCGGCAGCAUCAAUCGCUUGUGGCUGACCUCUCAGCACCAAGAGCUGUAUCGAGAUCUGGGCGAAUUCUUCACCCUCUUGUGCAGCUCACCACAGGCGACGCCACACUUGACUAUCGUCACCGAGCUCUUUAUGAUGAUACUCCAUGUAUCGCCCGAUGAACUUCAGCGUUUCGCUGGCAAAUCUGGGGAGGAAGAAGCCCGCCUCGCGGCUAUCUCGCUCGAAGACGAAUGGGCACAAAGUCGUGAAGCACGCCAUGCUGUCUGGCACGCGGGACAAGUAUUUCGUAAUGCGCGUCUGCUCCCGCCGGCUUCGCUGCGCGGGUUCAAUGCCAUCGCCGUCUACUUUGCCUCGCUGACCCUCUGGGUCUAUGGCCUGCUCUCAUGCUCAAGAUCCACCGCACAUGCCCAGGAAGAUGCGAACAUGCGAGUCCCUCCCACGUACGCGCUGAUGGACGGGCAUGAGGAUCGAGACACACGCGCCUUCCUGCAGCUCGACAAAGGCGUACCGGGACUCAGUCUCAACGGCGACCCGGUGGCAGGAGCCGAGUCCCUGUCGAAUCCGGGGAUGGUCUUGAACAUUUCCCGAAGUCUCUUCCGGGACAGUUAUCCCGUGCGGACAGAGCCGCUGCCACCGCUCGUUGAGAGCUUGGGGAACUUGCUGAGAGAUCUCGGGAGCGGUCCUGCUUGCCAUGCCAGUCGGGUACCGAGUCGGACUGCCAGUGAGGACAGACCGUGA